AUGAACGAUUUCCGUGUUGAGCAAGGCCCCGAAAACCUCUAUGGCCAGGAACUCACAGACUACAUCGCUCAGUCAAUCAAAGAUGAAGAAGUUUUUCACUAUUUCGGGUUCGAGUACUUGCAUCGCCUGAACAUUGUCUCUCUGCAGAACCAGCUGAUUACGCUGAGAGAGUCAAUCGCAGCAGGGACUCAUAAUCGCGAUCAAGAUCCAGAUAGGCUGAAACGUCUUCUCUCGGACUACACCAAUGCAAUACGGAACUAUAAUUACGUUCGACAAGGGCAGCGAAUAUCUGCAUAUGAGACUGAAACAAGGAAAAUGCGCCUGAAGUCGAUGUUCCCGUCCAUGGUCCUGAGACAACGGAAGACUCGGCCCUUUGAAUCCCAUUAUUACUAUCUCCAAGACGGAAAUUCGGAUUCAAAAGUCGAGUUCUUCCGCGACUUUUUGAGGAGGCAUCUGCCCCGUAGGUGGACGUAUAACAAGGAGGAGCGACAACACCGGCUUCAAGAGUAUCAGCAGGGCAAAGUACCGUUACAGAUUUCCAAGAGAGUGGACAAGACGGUAAGACUUGGGGUUUCCCUUCUUGCUGUAGCAUCGUUGGUAACUCCCAUGUGUAUCAUGAUAUUGAACCCGUCGAUGACCAAGAGCUUGAUUACUUCGUCGCUGUUCAUGGUAGCUUUUGCGGUGGGCAUCUCAUUCGGGAUGAAGACGUCAAACUCUGAGACUCUUGUGGCUACGGCGACAUACUCGGCUGUUCUAGUCGUUUUUGUCGGUACGAAUUCGGGAUCUUCGUCGGCGACAUCCUAA